UUCUAAUUUUUCAAAAAAUCUAUACCUAAAUGUACUUAAAUAAAUCUGCGAGCCUUUGAACCUAUCUUGUUAUAUAUUAUAAUAUUAAACCGUGUUAAGUACCAAUUAAAAAAAAUAACCAUGUUUGUUAAAUAUGCCAUACAAAAGUUAAAUUCAUAAAAACUAUGUUAAACGCAUUAUUCAUGCUGUACGUACUAUUAUCAUGUCUCGUUUAUGCUUUUUGAGAUGUUUGUUAGAUACACAUGCGCCUAUUAAACUUCCUCACAACGUACAAAUAAUUGUAGGGCGCAAUAAAGAAACAAAAAUUAAGGAUCAGUCAUGUUCUAGACAGCAGCUAAGCUUAAAAGCAGAUUGUGAAAAAUGUCAUGUAGAGAUAAAACAACUAGGGGUAAACGCUUCUGGGUUAGAUGGUUUUGCUCUUAAAAAAGAUGAAGUGUAUGAAAUUGGACAUGGAUCAACAAUUGAGAUUUUAUUAAACAAUCAUGUGCAUAUACUUGAAUUUGAUCCACCUCCUGAAAGCCUAACUACCUCACAGAAUCAGACAUUCAAAAGGAAAUUGGAAGAUGACAGUACAUCUCAGAGAAAGAAAUCAUUAAAAGUGGAACAAGUGUCAUCAAGUGUAAAAGAAAAAGUUGAAAAAGUUAUUAGAGAUAUGUGGGAUGAAAUAGACAAAGGUGAAUUGUAUGUGUUUACAGCUAAGGGAGUGAAAUCUAGUGACAAAAUAGCAUCUUUUGAUAUGGAUGGAACCCUAAUCAAGACAAAGUCUGGUAAAGUUCAUCCGGUGGACAUAAAUGACUGGCAAAUAGCAUUUCCUUCAGUGCCCCAAAAACUGAAAGAAUUUUUAGAAAAAGAUUACAAAAUUGUGUUAUUUAGCAAUCAAGCCCCUAUUGGUAAUGGUAGAGUUAAAAUAGAAGACUUUAAAAAGAAGAUUGAAAGUAUUGUCCAAAAAUUAAAUGUGCCAGUACAAGCAUAUAUAGCAACUGGUAAAGGGAUUUACAGGAAACCUAGAAUUGGAAUGUGGAUGACUUUGACUGAAAAGAAAAAUGAUGGUGUCAAAGUUGAUAUGAACCAAAGUUUUUAUUGUGGAGAUGCUGCAGGAAGGGUGGCAAACUGGGCCCCUGGUAAAAAGAAAGAUCACUCCUUGGCAGACAAACUCUUUGCUGAAAAUUUGGAAUUAAAAUUUUAUACUCCCGAACAAUUCUUCUUGGGACAUUCUAUUGCUAAUGUGCUAAUGAGUAAACCUGAGUUUCAUCCUAAAGAAGUAACUGUAGAACCUUUUAAUAAUAAACUAAUUAGCAAAGAUAAAGAGAUACUAAUUUUAGUUGGAUUUCCUGGUAGUGGAAAAUCUUAUUUGGCAAAGCAGAUUGAAACUAAAUCAAAUCACAAAUAUGCGACUGUGUGCAGAGAUAUUCUAGGCUCAUGGCAAAAAUGUGCUGCUGAAGCCACAAAAUUGUUGCAGCAAGGAAAAAGUGUCAUAGUAGACAGUACGAAUCCGGAUGUUGAGUCUCGUUCCCGUUGGACAUCACUCGCAAAACAAAAUAAAGUAGAUUGUCGUUGUGCUAAAAUGGCUACUUCUAAGGCCCAUGCGCAACAUAAUAACAAAUUUAGGGAACUGAUGAAGAUCAAUCAUGUUCCUGUUAACGAUAUUGUAUUCCAUACCUACAAAAACAAGUUCACUGAACCGUCACCAAACGAAGGUUUUAAAGAAGUAAUUGAAGUGAAAUUCAACCCGUGCUUUGAGAGCGAAGAAGCUGAAAAUUUAUAUAGAAUGCAUUUGUUAGAGAAAUAAAGUACUUACCCAAAA